AUGGCGUCGACCUCUCCUUCUCCUUUUCAUUCGACUCGACGUCGUCGACGACGGCAACAACGCGGCGGCCGUCCCGCCAUGUCCGCCAAGACGAAACAACAACGGAAGCAGAUGCAAAUUAGCAAGCUGCACAAGGGCGCCGAUGCAGUGACAGGUCCGGCCCGAGCUGUCCUUUUCAGGGCACCUUUUUCCACACUUCUUUUAUAGCUUUUGUGUCCGUCGCGUUUGCAGAGGGUUUCAUGUUGAAAAGUCAUGAGCAUUGUUUUUUUAUAGCAGUUUUCUCAGAGUGAUCAAAUGCUGGUAGUUCAAGAUAGUCAUAGAAGCUUUAUUAGCUUGACUUAAUCCUUCAUAGAAACUUUUGAGAAUGUCCAUUUUUCAAAAGUUUAAGUUUAAGUUUACCAGUUUUACUUUAAGGUAGCACAUCUAAAGCAUUUUUAACCUUUAUUUUGAUCUUCAUCGAAAUCUUUCAAGUUCGGAAUAGUCCAUUUUAAGCAAUUUUUUGACCUUCAUCAAAAAUUUCGAGAUGGUUCAUUCAGAGCAAUUUUCCAAUGAGCAGGAUAGACAUGGCCUAAAUGAACUUUUUCACAUGAUUCCCAAAAAAUUAUGUGUUUUUCGAGCAGUGUUCAUAAAUCAAAACUCAAUAUUUACAAAAAGGAAAGAGCUGCCCUUUUUUCAUACUCCCAAUAAUCAUCUGCAGACGCGACAAUGACACUUUCCCUUUUUUCCCUCUUCGCUUCGGCGACACAUUAUUCGAUUUUGCAUCACACUCUCGGAGAGGCCCAUUGGGACCACCAGAAAAAGGUUUCAGAAAGACAACAACAAGAAGCGUCGACGGCAGCCGAAGAGGAGGAAGAGGCGAUGGCGACUUCAGAAGUCGUCACCGAGCACGUAUCCUCGGCCGACGUCUUCAGCGCAAUUCUGAACCGCGCCCCCGGCCCGCUGGACCAUCCCGUCAUGUUGGGCAUCUCCAAGACGAACUCGGCGGACUUUCCGUCGACGACGACGACGCCGGCGAGUCUCGUCGUCGACGCCACCUUGCCUUUCACCUCCACGGCGUUGCUCUUCACUCGAAUUUCGUGUACUUUUUUCGUGUUACUUCGUUCUGAACAGUUUUUAAUGGACUCUUUGUAUUGGAUUGGACUGGACUGGAUAGAUAUUUCUUUACGGGCUGUCAAAGCCGCUGGACUCACCUAG